AUGUAUCGGUCCACAAAAGGAGCCUCAAAGGCUCGGAGGGAUCAAAUCAACGCAGAGAUUCAGAACAUCAAGGAACUGUUGCCCAUUUCCGAUUCGGACAAAGCUCGACUCUCCUACCUACACAUCAUGUCACUUGCCUGCAUGUACACCCGAAAGUCUGUAUUCUUCUCUCAAGACGCUCUUCAAGACGAGACCACGGACUUAAUGUUGUUUAAGGAGCUGUCAGGGCUGAUGCACGAAUUGUCAGGUUUCAUGAUACUCUUAACAAGCGAUGGAAAACUUCUGUAUCUGUCAGACAAUGUCGCAGACCACCUCGGGCAUUGCAUGGUGGACCUGGUUGCCCAGAGUGAUAGUGUGUAUGAUAUCAUUGAUCCUAUGGACCACUUUGUCAUAAGGAGUAACCUUGCAGGGCUACCAAUGACCACUACUGACACAGACAAGUUAUUUCGAUGUCGAUUCAAUACUACAAAGUUCAUCCGGCGACAGGGUGCGGAGAACAAGUUGAUGCUAGUCAGAGCUCGCUGCCUCACCCCACCUUGCCCUGUCUCUGCAUACUGGACCUCCAACCCAGUAUGGGUGUGUUUCUGUACCCCCCUGAGGACAAAAAUGCCUUACUUUACAAUCGCCAAGAGUGCCCCCCUCACCCCACCCCCUGAGCAGUCCUUCCUACUGGCUUGUUUCCACUCUCAACACCACAGGGACAUGAGGCUUUGGGAUGCCCAGGACAGUGUGACUGUGUACCUGGGCUACGAUGUGGAGUUUCUACGCUCUCGCUCCUGGUACAGCCUGGUCCAUCCCAGGGAUCUCUCCCAUGCCUCUACACAGCACUGUCUCUUAUUGAGUGAAGGAGAGAGGAGGCAGGUGGACAUGGUGGUGCAGGUGGAGGCAGCAGACCACUCAUGGGUCUGGCUCUAUAUGGUCCUCCAGCUGAACAUCGACGAAAGCCCUAUCAGCUGCCACAACUACAUCAUCAGCGAGUCAGAGGCCUGUUCAAUACGCCAGCAGAGCUCUUGUGAGGUGCCCAUGCAGCCAGUUGGUUAUGGUCUUCGGUCCAGCCUGUCAUCUCUGGGUGAAGACAACUUCCCCCAGACACAUGGAGGACAACACCAGUGGGAACCAAAGACCAGCCUUCUCUCUGUUGGACCAACCACUUCUGCCUCACUGACUGACACUAAGUCUGAUAUUCUGACUCAAAGAAUUACCUCUCACCUAACCAAUAUGUCAGAACCCCUCCCCUCCUCCCUCACCAAGCCCCUCGCCCCUCUUACUAUGCCCCACCCUCAACAGAUGGGGGAGUGUGCAUGCACUCCCCCGUAUACCCCUCAUCUUGCUAGUGGAAGUUUUCCUUUUGUGGAGAAACUGCAACUCAAUUUUGAUCCUUUCAAUGCAGCUGUGUCCUGCCCAAUGGCCCAUGAGGUUAUUAACUCAGCACAUAGUGCACCAGCCUUCUCCCAGGUCCUCUCUUCCAAGCAUCCUCAGGUACUCUUCCUGGCAGAGCCCCAUGGAAAGCUGCCCCCCACCACCAAUAGUUUUGGGGGAGAUGAAUGCUCCAUCAUGGGCCUGCCACAGAUUAGUGGUCCCUUGUAUGUGGAUGUUCCCCACAGGCCCUUCCAUGGCCCUCUGAAUGAGCUCCUCCUAACUCCAGAGGCUUCCCCCACACAUCCUCCCUGCUCCUUCUUCUCCACGGAGAAAGAGCAGGAGCGAGAGAGGGAGGACAUUUCUCUCUUGGCUAAAUAUAUUAGCUCUUUAGCUGAGGGAUUCUAUUGUGACCCAAUUCUCCCCAGAAUAACCCCACCCACCUUCUCGUCUUCACCCAGUCUUCAGGCCACAUCCCAGAAUUCCUCUCCUCCUUGCGGAGCUGAGUGUCUGCCCUGGAAGGGGCUAGACCCGCCCCUUAGCCGAGAGGAUAUCUCUCUGUAUGAGGAGAGUAUGGCUCUAGAGAGCCUAAUUGAGGAGCUCUCAACUUUCCCUUUGUCCCCCUCUUCAUGCUCCUCUCCUCCAUCUUCCUCCUUUAAGUCCUCCCCUCCAUGCUGGCCACUCACCCCAGUGAGCAGGUGUAACCCAAGCCUCUUCAAGGGUGAAUCUUCAAUUGGUGUAAACCACUUCUGUAGCGUCCAGUCGACGCAGUGUAACUUCAUGGCAGUGGGUGGAGCUAUGAUGGCCGUCGAGGCAGGGAUUAAGAGAGACGUGGAGGAGUCAUCUGAGAGUGAGAUGGAUACGGACGUGUCGGUGGAGCCUCUAUUGUCACUGCCAUCAUCAGCCAUCGCUCUCACAGCCUUUCAGGAAGGUGCCCCUGCCUUUGUCCAUCCGGCUCCCACCAUCGGUUUGCCCCAUGCCCAGUCCCUUCUGGAGGAUCUGCAUACCAUGGAAUCUGUGUUUGAGGCAGAUGACUCUUUCAACCCGUCUCGGGGUGACAACCUGAGUUGUAUCAACUCCCACUCAACCAUACAUUCACAAAGCUUCCACCAAGAUGGAACCCUGCGUGACCCUCUUCUAAAAUAA